GUGCAGCCAUGGCCCUGCUCGGUCGCCUGGGCGCCCUCCUGCAGCGGGCAGUGGCGACGGAGGAGCCCGACAUAGAUCUCCUAGCAGCCUUCACGGAACACUGGAAGGGCCUCACCCACUACUACCUGGAGACUACCGAUGAAAACAAGCCAGCAAAGCAGACAGACAUCCCCUGGCAUUUAAAACAGAUGCUGGACAUCCUGGUGUACGAGGAGAAGCAACAGUCAUCAGGAGAGACAGGACCCUGCUUGGAGUAUUUGCUUCAGCACAAAACGUUGGAGACUCUCAGUACCCUGGGGAAAGCUGAGUAUCCUCCGGGUAUGAGGUCUCAGGUGCUCCUUUUCUUCAGCCGUCUGCUGGGACAAAUGCAGUGUCCCUUGCUGCAUUACUUGAGUGUGUACCGGCCUGUCCAGAAACUCCUUCAACUGGGCCCAGAGCUCGAGAAUGAAAUGAUGCAGCUUGUUGCUGUUUUGUGCCCCAAGAUCAGGCAGGAACCUGCCCUGCUCCCCUAUGUUCUUGAGGGCAAGCAUGCAGCAAAUGGGCAGAGCAUGGAUCAGCCCUUCCAACUGCAGGAAGCAACAGUUGAGCUCCCAGACCCUGUGAGCACGGAGACAGCCCCCGCAGAGCAGGGCAGGAGGUUGUGCUCAGGGGAAGUUUCCUGUGGGGUGUCACGUGUGGAACCGGUCUCCCCUGGAUCAAACUUGGUGACCUCUCUGAUCAGUUUGUGCAAGAGCAAGAAGAGGAAAGUUGCUGUAAAAGCUCAAGAGAAUCUGCUGCUCCUUACCAGUAUUGAUCGUCCGACAGCUGCUCUUGCUCUGGCACAAGACAGCAUGCUGUGCCCGCUGGUGGCUGGCCAUCUCUGCACCCUAUACGAUGCCAUCCCUGCUCAUAUCGACCCUGCCAACCUUGCCAUGCUUCAGCCAGUCAGUUGGAGGUUGCAGGGCAGCUCUGCUGAGGAGAACUCUUUUCCAGGACAACCAGACCUGGAGGCUUUCUUUGCCUGGCUUGACUUCUGCGAUUGCCUUGUAAAAGGGGCCCCUCCGAUCCUUGCACGCCCUGUAGCAGAGGAAGUGGCUCAGAGGCUCUUCGUGGGACGUCUUCAGCCUCAUCUCCUACAGAUGUCGGAACAUGGCAUUCUCAUCUCAACGACCAUUCUGACAGGCCUGGUGAGACAAAUCCGUGCUCCUGCCCUCCUCCAGGAGCUGGUGGUAUUUCUGCUGGGGACUGGAAGGAAGCCUCGAGUGCUUGAGAACCCUGACUACCAGCAGCACCCCUCUCUGUGCUCCCAGCUGAUCGAGCGCUGCAACCAUCUGUCCGAUGAGAUCAGCAUAGUCACCUUAAGGUUCUUUGAGGAGUUGCUUCGGCUUCCCGACCCACACAUCCUACAGAAUCUGGUGUUGCGCAACCUGGAGGAGCGCAGCUACAUCCUGAGAAGCCCAUAUGGGCAGGAAGAACACUACAGCCGAGAGCAGGAUCUCUAUGAGGAUGGGCUCGGAGAACUGGAAGAGGACCCCUAUUUUGUCGAUGGAUUCCCGACUGUGGGUUUCCAAGCCUCUAGAAAGCCAGCAGUUCCUGCUCCAAAGCAGCCUGUCCAACCUGAGGAGAAGAUGGAUGUGAAGGAGGUGGUCAGCAGUUUCCUUUGCCUGGUUCCUAGUGAGGCAAAGACCUCCGCCUACCUGGAAGAAGGAGGAUAUGACACUUACGUCCAUGAUGCUAGUGGGAUAUUUUGGGAAUAUCAUGCGAACACAUCCAACUGGAACUGGCCCCAGGCUGCUCGGCCCCUGGAAAGCUGUACUGCAGGAUCCCACUUUUAUGAGGGCCACUUUCUGAAGGUGUUGUUUGACCGACUGACACAGAUGCUGGAUCAGCCCUAUGGUGUCAACCUGCAAGUAACGUCGGUACUGUCCCGCUUGGCCCUCUUUCCACACCCUCACCUGCACGAGUACCUCCUGGACCCCUACCUGUCCCUGGCCCCAGGCUGUAGGACCCUCUUCUCAGUGCUGAUCCGGGUGAUUGGAGACCUGAUGCAGAGAAUCCAAAGGGUACCAGACUUCCCAGCCAACUUACUGCUGGUUCGGAAACGUUUAAUGGGCUUGGUCACAGAAGGACAGCAGAUCAGCCACCAAAUGCUGCUGGAAGGGGUGAUCGUGCUGGAGGAAUUCUGCAAGGAGUUGGCUGCCAUUGUCUUUGUGAAGUCUGCACCAAGGGGCACCCUUUGA